AUCCAAGUGGCUGUACUGACAUCAGAAAAGCAUAAAGUCCAGGAACAACUGCGAACAUCUUCGGAGCAACACCAGCGUACAAUGAGUGCUUGCCAGCAAAAGAUUGCAACCCUGCAAGAGGAGUGCAGAGCAGCCCAGGCUGAACAAGCAUCUGUGACAUCUGAAUUUGAGAGCUACAAGGUUCGUGUUCAUAACGUUCUGAAACAGCAAAAGAGUAAAUCUGCUGCUCAGACAGAAUCUGAAGGAGCCAAAAAAGAAAGAGAACAGUUGGAAAUGGUGAUAGAUCAACUGAAAGCUAAGCUGCAAGAUGCUCAGCACAGUUCACAGAUGAAUGCAUCUGAACUCCAGGCACUGCAGUCAGAACAUGACACCCUGCUGGAAAGGCACAAUAAGAUGCUGCAAGAGACUGUUGCAAAAGAGGCAGAACUCCGUGAAAAACUCUGCACAAUACAGUCUGAGAACAUGGUGAUGAAGACAGAGCACUCCCAGACACUGAGUCAGCUCACGGCCCAGAAUGAAGCUCUCCGGAACAAUUUCAGAGAUCAAGUCAGGAACCUACAAGAAGAGCACAGGAAGACAGUAGAGACACUUCAGCAGCAACUCUCCAGAGUAGAAGCUCAGCUCUUCCAACUCAAGAGUGAACCAAGCACUAGAGGUCCUGCUGUUCCAAAUCCAGCAGCAAAGAGCUUAAGAGAACGGCGAAACGCUGACCUGCCUGUUCUGGACGUGCACAAUGUAGCUAGGGAAGAGGGAGAAGGUAUGGAAACAACAGACACGGAGUCUGUCUCUUCAGCCAGCACCUAUGUACAAUCCUUGGAACAACUUCUGAACUCAUCAGAACCAAAACCUGGUAGUUCUCUUUUGCAAUUGAUUGCAGAACCACCUCACUGGCAAGCAGAGGUCACCAAGGAUGAACUGAUUCAGAAACUAAACACAACAGCUAAAAGUGCUGAUCACUUGAACGAGCUACUUCGUGAAUCAGAAGCAACCAAUGCAAUCCUAAUGGAGCAAAUAAAGCUUCUGAAGAGUGAAAUAAGAAGGCUGGAAAGAAAUCAAGAGAGAGAAAAGUCUGUGGCUAAUCUAGAAUACCUGAAGAAUGUUCUACUGCAGUUCAUCUUUCUGAAGUCAGGAAGCGAGAAGGAACGACUGCUGCCAGUAAUAGACACCAUGUUGCAGCUCAGCCCUGAGGAGAAGGGGAAGCUAGUUGCAAUUGCCCAAGGUGAGGAAGAGAGUUCCUCACGGCCCUCUGGGUGGGCUUCAUACCUCCACAGCUGGUCAGGACUUCGAUAG